UUACACGAUAGAUUUUUAAUGAAUAUUAUUAUGUCCGCACUAUUAUUUCAUUUAUAAAAAAAAAAAACUAUAAAUGAUAAUUUUAAAUGUGUGUAUGUGUGUGCAUUCUUGAGUAAAAUUGAUACUACUGGUAUAAAUAAGCAGACUUGAGAGUUGAGCAAGCGUCGAUUGUCGAUAUUAUUUUCAGUUUGCAAAUUGAUCUCGUUGAGUUAACAUCUGUCUUGUUUAUCAACAAUCGACGGUAUCUCUGUUUAUUACGUGUUUACAUAUUGAUAUUUAUAUUUAUAAAAUAAACAAUGGGAUUAUUAAGUGAAGGCAGUCCUCUUGAUUGGGAAGAUACUAAAAAACUUGCUGAUCAUGUGAGAAAACAUGGAAUAAUACAAUUUAUUAAUUUGUACAAAAGACUCAGAGACAGACAAGGCGAUGUACUCAAAUGGGGUGAUGAGGUCGAGUAUAUGCUCAUCAAAUUUGAUGAUGAAGAAAAAAAAGCCAGGGUGAGCCUUCGAGCACCAGAAAUAUUAUCAACAUUAAAUGAAAAAGAACUAAAAGAUCCAACAGGUGUCAAGUCACUUUGGAGACCAGAAUAUGGUGCUUAUAUGAUUGAAGGAACACCAGGUAAACCUUAUGGUGGUUUACUGGCUCAUUUUAAUGUUGUCGAGGCAAACAUGAGAUAUCGUAGACAAGAAGUUAUGGAUCAAUUGAAAAAUGGUGAAGUUAUAAUGUCUCUAACAAGUUUUCCCAGACUUGGAUGUCCAGAUUUUACUGAACCACCAGCAAAACCAACUCCAACUAGUGGAGCAUCAAGAAGUUUAUUUUUUCCUGAUGAAGCAAUUUUUCCAGGACAUCCACGUUUUAAAACAUUAACACAAAAUAUUCGUUAUCGUCGAGGUGAAAAAGUUGCUAUUAAUUUACCUAUUUAUAGAGAUGAAAAUGUAGCAAAACCAUUUAAAGAAAAUUUAUUAAAACUUGGUGAUGAUGGAAGUAGUGAAAAAGCUGCAAAAGAUAAUCAUGUUUAUAUGGAUGCAAUGGGUUUUGGAAUGGGUUGUUGUUGUCUUCAAUUAACAUUUCAAGCUUGUAAUAUUCAAGAAGCUCGUACACUUUAUGAUCAGUUAACACCAUUAUGUCCAAUUAUGUUGGCACUAACAGCUGCAAGUCCAUUUUAUCGUGGCUAUGUAACUGAUGUUGAUUGUCGAUGGAAUGUAAUAUCAUGCUCAGUUGAUUGUAGAACAUCUGAAGAACGUGGUGAAGAGCCAUUAAAAAAUAAUAAAUUUAGAAUUCGUAAAUCACGAUAUGACUCAAUUGAUUCUUAUUUGAGUGAACAAGGUGAUCGUUAUAAUGAUGUACCAUUAACAUAUGACAAUGAUAUUUAUAAACAAUUAUUAGACAAUGGAAUUGAUCGUCUUCUUGCACAACAUGUUGCUCAUUUAUUUAUUCGUGAUUCAGUAUCAAUAUUUUCCGAGAAAGUACAUCAAAAUGAUGAAAAAGAUACUGAUCAUUUUGAGAAUAUACAAUCAACAAAUUGGCAAACAAUGAGAUUUAAACCACCACCACCAAAUUCAUCAAUUGGAUGGAGAGUUGAAUUUCGUCCAUGUGAAAUACAAAUAACUGAUUUUGAAAAUGCAGCAUUUGUUUGUUUUAUUGUAUUAUUAUCAAGAGUUAUAUUGAGUUAUAAUUUAAAUUUAUUAAUACCAAUUAGUAAGGUUGAUGAUAAUAUGGCUAAAGCACAAAAACGUAAUGCUGUUAAAGAUGAAAAAUUUUGGUUUAGAAAAGAUAUUACAUCGGAGAUUGAUAAAGAUGUUGAUAUUAAUAAUGAAUAUGCCGAAUUUACAAUCAAUGAAAUAAUUAAUGGAAAAGAUGGUGUUUUUGUUGGUCUUAUUCCACUUGUUAAUUCUUAUCUUGCAAGUAUGAAUGUUGAUGCUGAUACACAUUGUACUGUGCAAAGAUAUCUUAAAUUAAUUCAAAGAAGAGCAUCUGGUGAAUUACUUACAACAGCUGCAUGGCUUAGAAAAUUUGUUAUGACUCAUCCAGAUUACAAAAAAGACUCAGUUGUUUCUGAAAGAAUAAAUUAUGAUCUUUUAAAAAGAGUUCAUGAUAUUCAAACAGAUGUUGAUCCUUGUCCUGAAUUAUCUGGACCAUAUACAACAUCAAAAACAACCGAAAAAAUACCAGCUGCAAUUGCUAAAGCUGAAAAAUGUCCAAUUGCUGAUUGUUGAUAUUUUACAAGUAUUUAUUAAUAUUAAAUAUCAAAAUUUAUAUAUUUAUAAAAUAUGUGAAAUAUAUUUGACGAAAAAAUUUAAUUUAUCAAUAAUGAUUUAUGUUUUAUAAUCAUCAAUCAUUAUUGAAUAAUGGUACUAUGAUAAAUUGACAAAAAAUUUGAAAUGUUAAUUCAAUUUUUGCACUGUUAAAAAAUAUGAAAAAAAUAAUUUCACAAAAUGAAAUUAAAUCAAACAAAAGAAAAAUUAUAUUAUUGACUAGCCUAAAAUGUUUUCUAUUUUUUUUUCUUUGAUUUUAUAUAUAGAGAUUUCAGUUUUUUAAUUAAUUUUUUUUUCACAAUAUUUAAUUUUUUGUAAAGGUUUUUUUAAAGUGGGUAUAAAAUAAAUAAAAAAAUUUAAAUUUUUAGCACUAUUUUGAUGAAUAAAAAAACGAAAUAAUAAUUGCAUUUAGUCAAAAUAAGAUUAAUCAUUCCAAAAUAAUUUAUAUUAAUUAUUAUUUUGACAAAAGAUUGAUUGAACAAAAAAAUUAUAUUAAAAAGGUGUAUAAAUUGCAAAGAAUAACAAAAUGAAUUGAAUAAAAUUGUUGCAUAUAUUUUGCACAUUUGUUAUGUUUACUAAUAUUAUUUUGUAUGUUGUAAAAUAAAUAUAUUAAAAAUAAAAGUGUGAUAAAAUAUUAA